AGGAAGUCUUGUGGAUUUUCACCGUCAAGACAUGCUCAGCUGCCGACGAGGAACAAGAGUCAAAUCGGGUUUUGCGCUCUCAGACUUGACCAGUACGCUUGGAAUAUUCGGUGGGAAAUGGCGGCAAAAAGGUCGGGUCAGACAAGGGGCCACUGCCAUGACAACCGUAGCAGGUGCUUCAUGCCAACCAAGGGAAUGGAAGGUGGUUCUGUGGGUCGUUGUAUCUUUACUUCCUCUUGUGACUGGUGACAGGAAUGUGUUAAGGGCAGACCCACAGGCAGAUGUGGAUUUGGACGGUGUCCUGGUUGACAAGCAGCAUUUAAUAGAGACUCUGGCAAAAGUGGAAGAUGAGUUGGAGGAGAGGAGUGACAGCCACUCUCCAUGGCACAACCUGUUUGAGCCCUCUGUGGUGGUGGAGGACGAAGACCAGCAGCGUGCCCGGUGGGAGCGCUCGCUCCAUUCCUCAGACCGCUCCCAAAAAGGCGCUCGCAAGAAAAAGAAGAAGAAGAAAGAGAAGGGCCAGAGCAGCCACGACUGCCGCAUGGAGAAGAAGGAGAUACGAGUGCGCGACCUGGGCCUGGGUUUCGACUCGGACGAGAUCAUCCUCUUUAAGUACUGCGUGGGCACCUGCCAGAGGGCCCGCGGUAAUUACGACCUGGCCGUACGCGCCAUGCUGGCCAACGGCAGCGUGCCCAAACGGACGGCCAGGAAAAUUAGCGCCCACCCCUGCUGUCGACCGACGCGCUAUGAGCCCGUGUCCUUCAUGGACACCUUCACCUCCUGGAACACCAUCGAGGCUCUCUCUGCUGCAGACUGUCAAUGCGUAGGCUGA